GCAUGAAGAAGCAUUUUAAGCCACAUCUACAUCCAUUUCCGGACACGUGCGCCUCAUUGAUGCCUAGAAAGAGGUUGAUAUAAUUUAUAUAAAUUGUUGCGAUGUAUUGAGAGAUAGAGACAGUUCGUCUUAUCGAUAUGAUUUGAGCUGGUGACGCGGACCUAACAUCGGAUGUGCUGGAACCGGGGGCCCCGCGGACACCUCAGUAUGGAAGAUCAAACAAUUGUUUGUACGCUCACUGAAUCGUGCAGACUUUAAUCUAAUCAUUCUCUACACUUAAGCGGCGCACCCUCUUUCUCUUGUACUUUCUAGCUCAAGUGAUACUCUAAUGCUUCGAUUCAGGUAAUCCCUCACUGGCUUUUAGUUACAGUGGCUCUCUCAACGUCAUUGCCGCACGCCCCCUUUCAAGUUACGAGCCAGCCUACGAGCGAGCGAGCCUCUACCCCUGCAGAUCUCCAGAAACAUCACACAGUCCACGUAACCAACCUAAACUGACUAUACGCGUUGACCAUCGAGUCCUAACGACCACGUGUAGUGACAUUCUUCCAGGCAGACAGACUACGGAUUUAAUAUGAGAGUAUCGGCAAUCAUUGCCGUCGCCCUGGGUUGGAUCACCAGCGCUAGUGCCUUUGGAGUCCCCGACGUCCUGCAAAAGAUUGAACAGAAACUUCCAACCAGAGAAGCUCCUCCACCGAAAUACUUUAGGGAAGCAUCACAAUAUCCCCACUAUGAUCUGAGAUAUUUUGGUGAAGCCCUCGAGCCACAGCUUCAGAAUGCAGGCAUCAAAGUCCUCAUGCAGACAUACCUAGCCACGUUUCGAGAUCUGGGAGUCCAGACCUGGUUAAUGCAUGGCUCCCUUCUCGGCUGGUGGUGGGGAAAGAAGGUCAUGCCAUGGGACCUUGACGCUGAUGUCUCAGUUACUGAGGCAGACAUGUAUUUCCUCGCUGCCUAUCAUAACAUGACCAUCUACUACUACCAGUACGAUGGUUGUCCGGAGGGUUGCUUCUUUCAGUUGGAGAUCAACCCGUAUCAUAAAUAUCGUGAGAGGGAUGAUUACAUGAACUUCAUUGAUGCAAGAUGGAUCGAUAUGCAGAACGGCCUUUUCAUUGACAUCACUGCAGCGAGGUAUGACCCGGGGCAUGAGAUGGGUGUUGGGGUUAUGUACGACAAGCAUGACCAUGAGUUCAAGGACAAGUACAUCUUUCCUCUAUUAGACACCACCUUCGAAGGUGUUCAAGCCAAGAUUCCGUACAGGUACAAGGAGAUCCUGGCUUCGGAAUACGGCAAGGGAGCAUUGUCAAAGACUGACUACCAUGAGUAUGAUCUUCCAAUGCAACGUCUAUGCGUGUCCAUGGGAACUGACAAGGGGUUAGUCACCGAUUCGAUGCAGAAAGGAUGCAGUGGGUUCCUAUGAACUAAGCAUCAACUGUUAUUUGUGUACCUAGGGCCAUUGGCUGCUUGAAAGGCGUUUAGCUCUGUUGAGCAGGAAAGGCAUAUCAAGGAUAGACCGGAAAGGGAUAUAGAAUACUAAUGAUACCCAGCUGAUGACGGCUGGCCGUCUUAUAAAAGUCUUGGGUCUUUGUUUACUUGGUUAUUGAGAGCAGAAAUCCCUCUGGUUAUGAUGGGAGAAAUUAUGCAGAUCUUUCAAAUAUAUAAUAGACACAAAACCUAAGGGAAUACUAUAUAACAUCAUGUUCUAGUCUUUGUCUUGCAG